UUAACCUCCUGGCUACCUGCCGAGCCUGCUGCCAUUCAUUUGCACAGUCCAGUUCUACCAGUGUAACACUACUGGCUUGAACAAGCACGAAGCAGACGUUGGGGUGGAAGGUCUAUUGUUUCACAGCUUUCUUGACAAAUAUUAGAUACUCGGACGAGAAACUUUGGAAACAUGGCGACGAAUUCAUCGUCUCAGGUAGGAAAGCAGUACUUCAGGCUGCGCAACGGUAAGCUGCCACAUCAGUGUAGAAGAUGCCAAUAUUCUACAACACAUAAACACGCUCUGAAACGGCACCUCAAGGCGAAACAUGGUCGUCAACGAAACAGAUCGAAAAAGGAAGUCAUCACACACAACUGCCCACAGUGUAAGUACAGCACGGAGAUAGAAUCACGUAUGAAACGUCAUCUCCGAACUCACACCGGUGAGAGACCGUACCACUGCCAGCUGUGCGACUAUUCGGCGACUCAAUCGGACAACCUGAAGAAGCACGUCAUGUCCAAACACACCGAUGUGAGACCCUUCCGCUGUGGGCACUGCGAGUUUUCAACUGUUGACAAGAGUAAACUUGUCAAACACAUCAGAAUAUGUCACGGCGGGGAAAAACCGUAUCACUGCGAUAUGUGUGAAUUUUCCACAGCGGAGAAGAGAAGACUGAAGUACCACCUCGUUUCCAAACACAGUAAAUACAGGCCUUACAAGUGCGAACUGUGCGACUAUUCCGGCGUUAGCAAGGAGAAGUUGAAACGCCACAUGACCAAUCAUACUGGUGACAAGCAGCACAGGUGCCACAUAUGCGCGUACUCCUCCUAUGACAGUGGUAACUUGAAGCGUCACAUCGCUACCCACACCGGCGAGAGGCCGUUCAAAUGUGGCAUCUGUCCUUUUUCGUCCAUACGGAUGUCCGACCUACAGCGACAUAUGGCCCUACACACUGGCGAGAAACGAUUUCUCUGCGUACAGUGCGACUAUUCGGCUAUAUCCAGUUAUACUCUUGCCAGACAUGUCCGAGCGAAGCACGACAAGUUGAAACCGUUUCAGUGCAGUCUCUGUGAGUACGCUGCCUCGCAGUUGUACACGCUGAAAGAUCACAUGGCCACGCACGCUGCUGAAAAAUCCUUUAAGUGUGAUGUUUGUAGUUAUGCUACGGCAAGGAUGACUUGCUUGAAGCGGCACAUGAAGAAACAUAGGUGAAAAGUAGGGGGUGGGUACCGGGACAGGAAAUUCAGAUACAGGUACGGUCCAGGUACUCUCCAAGCAG